UGCGCAAUGGUACUCUAUUAUUUACGUUGAACUCGUGAACGUCAACUAGUAGAGUAGCCAGUUAAAAAGAAUGGAUUUUAUAUUCGUCGAAUGAAAUAUUUUUUUCGAAAAGUAAGCGGGUCAAACUAAACAUUUGUUGAGAAAUGUCUAAAUCACUCGUGCACAAAAGCUUGGAAUUAUUAAACGAGAAAGAUCUGCGUAAAGAACAAAAGAAAAAGAAAAAACGUAAAGACGCCAGAUAUAAAGGAGUUUUGGAUCUAAUUCCCACUAAACACAGGAUCGUCUCCAAACAACACGAGAAAACAGAUUUUGAUACAGUUUUGGCUCGAUCUAACAAAACUACUCUUUAUGAAACUCAGAAAUGCAUAGCUGCUCAACAAGAUCCUACUGAAAAAAAUGUGCAACGACUUCUUUCACUUAGCAAAAAUCAUCUAAAUUCUGAAACAGCAAACAAAUUAUUGCAUCGCGCCAUCAAAAAAAGAUACAGCCAACAACAGGAGAAACCUAAAGAAUCAGAGCAGACGGCUUUCACUGAAGAGGACUUUAAGAAGUUUGAACAGGAAUAUUUGCAGACAUAAUUAUUAACAAAAAAUAGGACAAUUGAUUGGUAACAUUUGCUUGCAGCAAAUUGCAAUC